AAGACCCAGAAAACGGGGGAAAAAAGAAACGAGAUAAAUUACCAAAAUCUGACGAAAUGCUGAGAAACUCCGUUGAUUUGGGCAAGGAUAAUUAGAGGGAAAUUUGCGAAUCCCUAUUUCUUAGCUAAGAUCUUGAAAAACCCUAACCCCCAAUUCUGCAGCUCUAUUCAAAUCUAUCGUCCCAACAGGAGAAUUUCAUGGUUUUUGAAGCUGUGUUUCAGGGAUGAGAAGAUCCAGAGUGCUUGAGUUGAUUCUAAUCCUGCUAGUUUCUCCAUUAACGUACUGUUUCAAGACCUCUGAGACCUCGAAGUUCUCACAGAUAUCUCUUUCCAGUAGAACCUCGAAUCCCAUUCCCGAUUCUGGUCACGUUCUAGUUUCGACAACAGAUGGAACGGUAUCAUUGGUGGACAUGUCUUCGAAGAAAGUGGACUGGACAUUCCAUACCGGUAAGCCGAUCUAUUCGUCUUACAAGGCUCAGCAUUACCAUUAUAGCACCGGGGAACAUGCCGUGGAGCUUGAUGACGACUUUUAUAUGGACUGCGAUAAUGAUUGGCGUCUAUACAACUGCACUAUGCAUAAAGGAAAAUGCAUAAACGAGAUAGUUGAUGCUCGUGAAUUCAUUGGAAGGUUGCCAUACUCUUUGUCAGAUAGGAUCAUUUUAGGGAAAGUAGAUACAUCUGUGUUUCUCUUGGACUGGAAGACCGGAAGUUUAGUUAAGACGUACAGAUUGGAUGACAUGAUUCCCAAUCAAACGGUUGAAAAAUCUGAAGGAAAUACCGUAGUGAUGUCUAAGGAAGGUCCGGCAUUAUUAGGGUCUGGAUUUGAGGAACCAGAAUAUCGUCGUGAGUUGGUUUACAUUGAGAGAAAAGAUUAUAAACUCCAAUGUAUAUCAAAAUUUGGAGAUGUUCUAUGGAGUGUUUCUUUUGCUGAAAUGGAAGCUAAAUUACAACAUCACGAGGGCAUGCAGUUCUUGGGUGGAUUAUCGGCAGAUGAUAUUCCGCUUACAGAUUCCAAGGGCAAUAACAAAUACCAGCUAUCUUAUAAGAGGAACUCUCCUGUUGUCCGCUUACUCAACUACAACAAUGAAAAACUGUUUUCUAAACUCGGUGGUGUCGAUGGAGCUUUGGUUUGGCCCUCCCCGGAUGUGAAACCUGAAUUACCACCAGCGGGAGGGAAUCCUUUGGCACUUCCCGGCAGCGGAGAUGCUGAAAUCUUCUCCCUUCCCCUACCCAAAAGUGCAAUUCCUGAGAUCACUAAUAUUCUUGAUGGAAACGCUACAGAGAUGGGUUUUGCCGAUAAAUUUUACGAUUCUGUAGUUAGAGGACCCAUGCAAUAUCUGAUUUUGGCGGUUAUUGCAUUAUUGUCGGUCUUCGGCUUUGUCUUUCACCAUUCAAAACAAAGGAAGCAGAUUAAGAAACUUUAUGAAUCUGAAGGGCAAGCAGUGGUUCCUAAGAAGAAAAAACCGAAGAAAACUAGGAAUAACAAGAAAGAGAAUGGGUAUGCAGAUGGAAGGAGAAAUGAUCCGUCUUUGGAAUGGAAUGAGAAAAAAUCGCUUUUGACCUUCCCCGACCUUGCUGGUAGUGAACUGGAAGGGUAUAGGGUUGGCAAACUUUUUGUAUCCAACAAGGAAAUCGCUAAAGGGAGCAAUGGAACCGUUGUGCUCGAGGGAUCAUAUGAAGGCCGUCUAGUGGCAGUUAAGCGUCUCAUUCAAACACAUCAUGAUGUGGCUGAGAGGGAGAUUUCGAUUCUAACGGAUUCAGAUAAGCAUCCGAAUAUUGUCCGAUGGCAUGGGGUUGACUAUGACAGACACUUUAUCUAUAUUUCGCUCGAGCGUUGUGCUUGUAGCUUGAAUGAUCUCAUCUUUGCUUCAUCCAAAUCACUUGGGGCCUCGGAAGAUACUAGACACGCUUUUCAAAUGAAUCCGAUACUGGAAAACAGUCGGGGAAUGGAACUAUGGAAGGAAAACGGGCAUCCUUCUCCCGUUCUGUUGAAGUUAAUGAGGGACAUAGUAUGUGGUCUAGCACAUUUACAUGAUAUCGGGAUCAUACAUCGAGAUCUAAAGCCUCAGAAUGUGUUAAUUGUCAAAAACCAAUCUUUAUGUGCAAAGCUUUCGGAUAUGGGCAUUAGCAAGCGCUUGCCACCUGACACCAGCGCCUUAACCAAAAGCACAACUGGUUCUGGAAGUUCCGGGUGGCAGGCACCUGAGCAGCUUCGGAAGGAACCACAAACGAGGGCUAUAGAUCUCUUCAGCUUAGGAUGUGUUCUGUUUUUCUGUAUGACAGCGGGGAAGCACCCGUAUGGAGACAUUUUCGAGAGGGAUAUUAACGUUUUGAAUGAUCAAAAAGAUCUGUUCUUGGUUGAGAGUCUACCCGAAGCCGUUGAUCUUCUCUCUAAUCUCCUGAACCCUGAUCCAAAUCUGAGGCCGAGAGCCGAAGAUGUGCAGAAUCAUCCGGUAUUCUGGAGUCCCCAAACGAGACUGUCCUUCCUCCGCGACGUGAGCGAUCGGGUCGAGCUGGAAAACCGGGAAGAGGGUUCAGAGCUCUUGGCGGAGCUCGAAAGCACGGCAAUGGUGACUCUGAACGGCCGGUGGGACGAGAGGAUGGACAGCCAUUUCAUCGAUAACAUCGGGAGGUAUAGAAGGUACAGGUUCGACAGCGUUCGAGAUCUGCUGAGAGUGAUCAGGAACAAGCUGAAUCAUUACAGAGAGCUUCCGGGAGAGAUUCAAGGACGGCUUGGAAGCGUUCCCGAGGGGUUUGACAGUUACUUCUCGAGUAGGUUUCCGAAACUGUUGAUUGAGGUCUACAAAGUGAUUUGCAGAUACUGUAAAGACGAAGAGUUCUUUCUCACGUACACUGAGACCCCCGUCAUGUAAUCCUUGGCUGUAAAUAGUAAAUACUCCUUUUUUAACCUCUUGGAUUAACUACGACGGUGCAGUAAUUAAUCAGAGAUAGACAAUUUCAAAAUGGGAACAAAACAGAGAAAUUAUUAUUAUAAAGGCUACCACCUUUUUUGACAACUUCAAAACGAAAAUAAAACAAAAAAUAAUGAAAAUACAACGAAUAAAAACGAUGCGGUCCAUUGGUUGCCAUGAGAUUGUUUCCAACAACCGUGUUUUAAUUUAGUUUUGUGAAUGUAACAGCAGUGGAUAUCUUGGAUUUGGUUCGAUUUCAAUUCUGUUUAGAAUUUAUUUAUUUUUUUUAUCUUGGAUUUUGAUUUGGUUCGAUUUUGAUCAUAAUUUUUUUUUCAUUUUAGAAAAUUUAUAUCGAUUUCUUUUUUUUUUUGUCGGGCCGAAAUUGAAUGUUCGAGUUGCAUGGAUCAUUGGCCCAAGUUUCGUCCUCGAAGACAAACGAGUGGCUAAGCUUCUAACGACAAACAAACAAAAAAGUCGACGCCCUUAGGUUUUCAACCCUUUCUGCGCUGAUUCAGAGAUUCGAAGAAGAUGGCGUUUAUGAGAGGACAGCCACUGGUGACGAAGCUUGCUUUUAUGGCGCAGUACAUCGUGUUUCCGGGGUCCAUAGCCGCGUCUCUCGUUUACACGUAUGGGCCGUCUCUCGUUUACACGUAUGGGCCGUAUGGUUCCUCUUCCUCCAAGGAUACCGAGUCAUCCAAAUAGGUGACAACUCCGGGGAAUGUGUGAAUCAAACCCUAUCAGGAACCCUUUGCGGUUGGUUGCUUUGUUUCUGCAAAUAAACGGAUGGAAUUCAUGUGUCGGAACAUGACGAGGCAUACCCGAACGAAACUGUCUUGAAAUCCCUUUUGUUGGAAACCCUUUUUUGUCGUGUGUUUGUGUUGGGUUAUGACUGAAUAUAUCUUUCUUUCUUGCACCGAUGAUUGGAGUGUGUUUUCUA